UGGCCAAGAACAAAUCUAAGUACAUUCUGGUGAGGAUGAAAAGCGCGGCCGAGACGGGCUACUGUUUCAACGUCAAGAGGCUCCGACUGCAGGAAAAACUGGUCCUGCUGAGAUAUGAUCCCAUUGCAAAACAACGCGUCCUCUUUACAGAGAAGAGAAAAAUCCGCUCUAUCUGAACAAUGACUGGGCUUGAUUUACGCAUGAGGAGAGGACGGAUUAGGGGGAGCACGGGGUGAAUGCUGAUUCAGAAAUCCAGCUACAUGGGCUGAAAAGAGAGGAAAUGAACUGGGAUCACCGUCUCCUGUGAUUUGAAGGCCAUUGUGAAUAAAACAAUGUAGAGAGAGAAAAUUCUUAAUGUCUGGACAUAGAUCAUCACAGUAACAUUUAUUUAUCUUUUGAGUUAUUUUUACAGUACUCAAUUAAAAAAAAUUAAAUAGCAAA